UGCCUAUAACGUACUCGCGACGUAAGUACGUUGGAUUCAACGUUCCUGUUGGAGAAAUCCAUUCACCCCUGUAGCCGUGCGGCUUUUUAUCACUCUGGAGCCGAGUUACUCUCCAGUGUGCCAUACACUAGAUUACAACUUGCCAUGCCUCGCGAAAACAGUUUCACGGACUCUGACAAGCGUUCCUUGACGCCUGAUCUUGAGGACGAAUCCAUGACAUCGCUGAGUCCAGCACCGCGUUCCGCAUCUCCUGCUGCCAGUGACGUUGAACCGUCUCUAUCCUCCAAUGGAUCCUCCCAAAAGCCUGCACCUAUAAGUCAGUCUUGGCGACGUGCACCAUCAUCAAUAAUCCCGGCCUCACUGCGGCCAAAACGUGCUCCUGCCCUCCAUUUUCAAACUCCCAAAGAUCGCUUCCGUGCAUGUGUUCGCAAAGUGAUUUCCAUGCACCGGACAACAACCGUCCUUUCAGGCUUCAGUCUCGCCGGUGCAGAACCUGGCGUUGACCCGCGCAGGCAGUCCGCGUAUCUCCAUUACGCGCACAUUCGCGAGCGUUGCGAGAUCCAGAUCACUGACUAUAGUACCGUGAGGAGCAGCUUUGGAAAGAUGGAUAAUGAGCGUUUUGUCCAAAUGUUCAACGAUGAGAGAAGUUCGGAGAGGGAGUCAUGGGUGAAGGUGAGGUGGAUAAAUGUGUGCGGCAUCAGCUGGGAUGUGAUGAGUGCGCUUGCCCUGAAAUAUGACCUUCACCCCCUCGCUCUCGAAGACGUCUUGCACAAAUGCGGACACACGCGCUCCAAAACGGACUACUACAGUCAACACCUCUUUAUCCAUGUCUUAUCUCACACACUCGCUUCCUCCUCAUCUCCAAACUCCUACACACCGGAAGACGAAGACCCACCACGGAGCUCCUCGCCAGGUCCAAUGACGCCAGGGGACUACCACAAGGAAUAUUUCAAGGAUAACGACGUCCAUGCAGAGGCUGGUGAUGAAGAUCGCACGAUAUAUGGCAGCAGUGCGCCUGCAACCUGGCGACUUGGAAGCACUGUCAGGAACAGAAGGUCAGCGAAAGCUGACAUGGAAAGUGCGGCAAGGGUCAAGGAAGAAGGUUUAACCCCACUUAUGUCUGCUACACGGAAAGAGAGCGCGUCCCAAAAACGCAGGGAAAAAGCUCAGAUAACUCUCACAGAUCUAAAGAAGGCAGGCCGCGUAAACGUCUCCAUUCACCCAAUAUCAAUUUUCUUAUUGAGAGAUGGCACAGUAAUCUCUGUUAUGCCGUCCAAUUUCAUCGAUUUCGCAUGUCCCAUUAUGACGCGUCUCCGACAGCCCGACACGGGGCUGCGUGCAUCCGCAGACCCCAGUCUGCUCGUUCAAAGUCUGCUCGACCUCAUUGUGGAUUCUGCACUCGAGGUAGUGGAUGCAUUUCAUGAGAAGAUAUUGCAGCUGGAAUACGAUGUGUUGAUGAAGCCAGAUAUGAAAGUGGUUUCAAGGCUGCAUAUUCUUUCCGGUGAUUUGAUGUUGCAUAAGCGGACCCUUGGGCCUCUCAAGACGGUCAUUUAUGGGCUACGGCGGUACGACGAGGACCGGUGUGCUGCACUGCUCUCGUCUGCUGAGAAGGAGGUCCAAGAGCAAAGGAGAGAGAAAGUGAAGGGGUUCAUGUCCCAUAAGAGUAAAAUAUACUUGGCAGACGUACAUGAUCAUAUGGAACAUAUCCUUACAAGCAUGGAUAUGUUCGCAGGGAUCGCAGAAAACCUGAUCAACUACGCGUUCAAUAUGAAAUCAUACGAGAUGAACUUAGUCAUGCGCCGCCUCACCCUUGCAACUAUCAUAUUCCUUCCGCUGACAUUGCUCACAGGUUACUUUGGAAUGAAUUUUGAAUCUAUGUGGAGUGUUCAAAAUAAUUCCGACGUCUUAUUUUGGAGGAUCGGGAUCCCUGUCAUGGCACUUGUCAUACCCUUAUUUAUGUGGUCAGACUUGAAGGGUGCUGCGCAUUACGCUGAGAAGCGAUGGGCGGCGAGGAAGUCAAUGAUGACUAUCAAAAGCAAGUUGGCGUGAGUGCCACUGCCAAUGUACGCAAGAUUCAGCGUGGUUGUA